AUGGCCUUUUCAUCAUCAUCGUCGUCGUCGCCUUCGACUUCGUCGUCUUCGCCCAUCGGGGACCACCGCUCGCCCUCGCCUCAGCCGUUCCCGCCGACCACCCGCAUGCGCAAGAAUCGAAGCAAUGUCAAGUUUGUGCUCGAUGACGAGAACGAUGACGGCGAGAACGACGACUCUGCCACUUGA